UUCGCAGUAAUCUAAGGGUCUGGACUGGCGAAUUUCAGGUGUUAAUCAUGGUCGACGGGAAAGCCUCGAGACUACUGCCAAGCCCAAAGGGCUUACUUGGGCCAUGAUGCUAUACGAAACUCGCAGAUGAUCUAUAUAUCCAACGCUCGCCCCUCAUCCGGUUGAUUCUAUUUCUUCUUCCAUAAUCACAUUGUUUCCGACUAUUUAUUACACAGUACGUCGUCGAAAUUACCUCAUUCACAUCACACAUCAUGUCUUCCAUCGCCAGAGACGACAAGACCUCACCGUCAUUCAUCCCUCUUGCCGGCGUAUCUCAGGACGGCUGGUCAACGGAGAAUGAAGCAACGGCAACGUGCCUCUGUGGCGCCGUUCAGCUCUCGUUUCCAACCCAAGGCCGCGGCCUGCUCAAUCGCUUCAUCUGCCACUGCACUGACUGCCGCAAAAUCUCCUCCUCAAUGUUCUGCUCCAACUUCUCAGUUGCCGACAGCCACCUUCGCCACAUCCGCGGUAAGGAGAACCUAAAGUCCUUCAGCCAGUCCCGCACCAUCGCGACAGGCAACGACAUGGCGAACCACUUCUGCGGCACCUGUGGCACGCUCAUGUACCGUGUCAGCUCCGGUCUACCAGGCAUGAGCAUUCUCAGGCUCGGGACUGUCGACGAUUUCCGCCUCGUGGAGACGAAACUGAAGCCGCAGGUUGAGCAGUUUAUAGACACGCGCGCAUCUUGGUUGAAACCGGUCGAGGGCGUCAUGCAGUUGGAUCGGAUGCUUACAGCAAAGGACAUAAAGAGUCUUUUAUAG